AUUGGCGAGAGGAGAAAGAACUCAUUUUGUACUCGUCUUGUUUUAAUGUUAUGUUUAACCUGGGCUGCCGAGUCUCAAGCUGAAUUAUACCCUUCCGGCACCGGCAGUGGUGAUACUGCACUCAGCAAACAGAAUGACAUUGCACAACUCGUGGCGUUGGAUAGACUCUUUCCUUUUGGUGGAAAAUACCACAGCACAUUAUAUAUAGGUGACAAUGGAGUUAUUUCUUUCGAUGACGCAGUUUCCGAAGAGGCGGAUGGAGCCAGAUUCAGAAAUUUGCCGUAUUACUACGACGUUGACGGCGACGGGCAAUUUGAGGACCCGGAUACAAUCUUUGCAUUUUGGGCCGAUGUGGAUAUUACAGGUGACGGAGGUAACGUAUAUUACCGCGUAACAAGCAGCACUACAACACUCGACCAAGCGACUGCAGACGUCCACACCUACUUCCGGAGCAAUUUCAACUUUAGAGCUCAAGUCGUCAUUGUGGUCACGUGGGACCAAGUCUCGUUUUUCGACCAAACAGGUGCCUCGGAUCCACGAAAUACAUUUCAGGCGGUCCUUAUUCACGACGGGCAGGAAUCUUUCGUCCUGCUUAACUAUGGAUCUAUCACUUGGGUCGUUGGGACAAGGAUGGAUGGAGAUCCCAAUACUGGUCUCUACACUGAUACACAACUUGGCAUUGCAAUCGUUGGUUUUCUAAUGGGUGACGGUACGAUUGUAAAAAACUUCGCCUACGAACAAGAUACACUGCGGUCAUUGAGCGCAGACAGCAACGUUGAUGUUGAAGGAGUGUAUGCGUACAAGGUUGACGGUUCUUCGGUUAUUGAUCCGGUCUGCAAUGCUGCACCUGGAGCAGAGUUGUCCAUCACACCAGCCCGGUGUGGAAUGAUGGGAGGCGAGAAAAUCUACCUCUACGGACCAUGCUGGGCGGUGGAGAAAGUUCAGACCUGUGUAUUCUCUUAUGGCGGAGAGAUCAUUCAGCAAGUCAACGCUACAGUCAACAACACCAAUGAAGCCUACUGUGUCCCAGAGCCUUUCUUUCUCGUUGGUGAAGUCACCGUCACGGUGUUAGAGGCAGGCGAUGAGCUCGCAAACUCGCCCUCAACAAUCUACUCCGUCAUUGAAAGUGGGAGAAUCACUCCAACUGUUACUAGGCGAGACUCUGAUACUUCCUCGUGGGACAAGGCCGGAAACUCCCUAGCCAUCAGUUGGGACGUAGAUCAAGAAAGCUUUGGCCCCUCCGACAGCGCCCUCUCAAUAACUGUUCUAGCAUACCGCGAGGACAACCCUAGGCCUCGAUGGGAAACCGUAUACAUGAUAACAAACGGUACGGCAGAUGAUGGCUCGUAUUCGUUCACUCCGACGGCACAGGUGGACGUGACGGAGGCGAAUGCAUUCGGUGUCAUUACGAAUUACCGGGGGUAA